CCCCUGCAGUGCUGCGAUGGUCAAAAGGUUCACACUUGCGGCGCUCAGCGGAUCUGCAGCCGGCGGCUCUCCAGCCCAUCAUCAAACCGGUGUCUACAAACUACUUCACUCGUUACACCGUCAACAGUCCGCAGCUCACUGAGACCGGGUUCGCCCGCUGAAAACACACAGUUGAAUCCAUCGGUGUUGUGAGUAGAGGGGGUUCAAAUGGUCAGAAUGUGCCAGAAUCCUUGAAGGCAAUCUAAAGCCCUUGGCCAGUACCUGAUGUCCUUUGUUGUACACACACCUGUUGCCAUGGCUGGUCUUGUAAUAUCUGAAGUAACAUUGCUGAGGUGCACAUUUCUCUUCCUCUACUUGAGUGUCUGCUUGUGCCAGCGUGACUGCACCGGUGUGGACUGUCCCCAGCUGGACAACUGUAUUGAAGAAGUGCUGGAGAGUGGCACCUGUUGCACUUCAUGCCUGCAAAAAGGAUGUACAUGCGAGGGUUACCAAUACUACGAUUGCAUCAAUGCUGGAUUCAAGAAUGGCAAAGUGCCUGAGGGAGACUCUUACUUUGUUGACUAUGGCAGCACGGAGUGCUCCUGCCCGGCGGGAGGGGGCCGGAUCAGCUGCCACUUCAUCAGCUGUCCUGAUAUGCCGCCAAACUGCAUCGAGGUUUCAGAGCCUGCAGACGGUUGCAUGCAGUGUGAACGUAUCGGAUGCGUCCAUGAUGAACAAAAGUACGAAGCUGGACACUCCUUCCACUUUGACACCUGCCGGGUCUGCCACUGUCCCAACGAAGGGGGGAAGCUAAUGUGCUAUCCUGUGCCAGACUGUGACCCGCACAAGGACCAUAAACCUAUGUUAGCUGCACCAACAGAGGAGGACACAGCCGGCAGGCGCAACCGUUACCCCUACAGGUUUGACCAACAAGGGCGCAUGGAUCAGUCUCGAACGCCGUAUCGCCUUCCUCCUAAUAGGAAUCUUCCACUCUUCAAACCGUCUCCUUUGGAUAAGGAGGAGCCAGAAGAUUAUGAUUACGGCCCUACAGAUUUGCCAGAGACCUACCCUCAAUCUCUGGUCUUCCCUACUCAGUCUUCCUCCUCCAACAAGGUCAUCUCUGUGUCCCAAGGCUCUGACAGACUUGACAGAAGCUCUACCCUUCAGAGCUUUGACAGACAAAGCAAGCUGGAGCUGAGAGAGCGAUACGGAGUCCAUGAACAUCCUGCAGAUAGAGAGGAAGUGACAGAAAGUCCCCUGAGAGUAGGGCUGAGUACUAUCAGGCCACAUAGGCACAAGGACGCCACUGCUUCCUGGCAGCCUUCACAGGGUGUAACAAGUAUGCAGAGUGUCACAUUCAGUGAUCUGACUACACAGACAGAUUUAGAGAAUCAAUUGCAUGCACUCAAAAGUUUGGAUAGUGUCAUGUUUCCACUAAACCGAGGAUCAGGAAGUGAGAAACACAUGAGUUUAGAGAGUGCGAUUCAUCAUCAGAGAAGCUCUGAGACUAAGACACAUACACACCAAAAUGCAUCAGAUAGUGUGACACCCAGAGGUUCAAAGAGUCAGAUCAAUGUUAGUCAAACCAAUCAGCUGAGGCGAUCAGAUAGAGUGACUCUUCCGCUGUACAUGCUGAGAAGCCCAGAGAGCCCAAUUCAUUCCCAGGCAAGUUCAAAUGAUCAAAAAGAAUUACAGGGGACAGUUGCACCAGACAGUGAGGUGGUUGAGGAAGAGAUAGAGGAGAAGGAGGAGGAGGAAGAAAUGGUAGGCUUUCGCAGUGUCACUGGGCCUGAAGGAAAGGAUAUGCCCUACAAGAUAAAACCAUCACAACAGGAGAGGAGUGAGGAGUCAGAGAGCAAUGAUCCAACAAGCAGCUAUGAAAAGACCACACCUGAGCUCAGCACCAGUUCCCCCAGGAGGCCUGAGUACCUGACAACCCCUUUGGUCCAUUUUAUUACUACCACCACCCAGCCGCCAGUAAGGUUUAAGCUGGUUGAGAGUGAGCCGAGCAGAAAGCCAAGUCAGAGGCUGUUUAACCUUCACAGUGAAGACCAGGAAGAGGUGAUGGAGAAAGAGAAGGAGAGGAAAGAUCGCCCUGUUCCAGUCAUCAAACCUGAUGGAGGUCCAGGUGUCUCUACUGAAGACCUGCUGCAGAGCUGCUGUGCUGCUGGUAAGAAAUGGGCCACAGAAAAUCACCACUGCAACCGCAUGCCACUGCUGAGCAAUGACAAGAACUCCAUAUGCAGUGUUGCAGAGAAACAGUGCUGCCUCAGCUCUUUGAAGGAGAGCCAGUGUGAAUCAGGUAUGACUUUAGCCAGAGGAGGGGACACCUGUGAAGUGGAUGAGAAGGACAAGUGCACAGAUGACUCCUUCCAGGUGUGCUGUAGCUGCUGUGCCCUUGGCUUACGGGUGCGCAGUGAAGGACUGGGUUGUGAUGCCCACCAGUACCUGGGCUACCCAUGUGGUCACGUCUUCCUCACCUGCUGCGAGGAAGAGGAAGGUCCGAGCCAGAUCCCACUGAGGAGAAAGCAGAAGCCCAGACCGACUGCUGUGCCUAGAAAAGUAUCAGACAGCAAGUUCCCCAAAGAGGCCUUCUCCAUCAGUGCCACAGAUGAAGCUUCCAACGCGGUGGAGGAGCAGGAGGAUGUGGAUGAGUGUCAGCUCUACCCGAGCCAACUGUGCCAGCACACAUGUACCAACAUCUGGGGCUCCUACCGCUGUGGCUGCCACCAGGGUUACGUCCUGCAGCAGGACGGACAGUCCUGUGCACCAGUGAGUCCUGAUGAGGACAACAGAGUCAGAGAGGACAGUCCUGCUCUGGACCCAACAGAAGCUACUAAUACCAUCACUACAACCAGUACGACCACCACCAGCCCUGCCCGCCCCAGUCCUUGUGCAGGAAAUGGUCCUUGCAGUCAGCAGUGCACGGUGGUGACAGGCCAGGCUCACUGCUCCUGCUUCCCAGGGUUCUCGCUGAUGACAGAUGGACGCAUGUGUGAAGAUGUGGACGAGUGCUUGACCAACACCCAUAGUUGUCGGCCCAGCGAGCGCUGUUUGAACACAGUGGGUUCAUUUGUAUGCGAGCUGCAGGUAACUUGUCCUGCAGGCUACCAGCUGAGGAACAGUGUUUGCGAGGACAUUGAUGAAUGCGUUAUGCGAACCCAUAACUGUGGUAUGGGCUUUGUGUGUGAGAACACAGUGGGCUCUUUCCUGUGUAAUCCCAAACACAAGUGCAUCAGCGGCUUCACACAGGACUCCCAUGGCAACUGUGUUGACAUAAAUGAGUGCAGCAGCCUGAGUGAGCCGUGUAGCUCAGGCCUUAGCUGUAUCAACACAGUGGGCUCCUACACUUGCCAGCAGAAGGUCAUAAUGUGCAGCCACGGCUACCAUGCCAGCCCUGAUGGAGCCAAGUGUGUCGACAUUGAUGAGUGUCAGAUGGGGACGCACCGCUGUGGAGUGGGCCAGAUCUGUCACAACCUCCCUGGCAUCUACCGCUGUGACUGUCAGACGGGCUACCAGUAUGACGCCCUCCGCAAAGUCUGCACCGAUGUAAAUGAGUGCUGGCGCUAUCCUGGCAGGCUGUGUGCCCAGACCUGUGAAAACACCCCAGGCUCCUACCACUGCUCAUGCACAGCUGGCUUCUCCCUAGCAUUUGAUGGCAAGAACUGUGAAGAUGUAAAUGAAUGUGACAAAAACCCCUGUAGCCAGCAGUGCGCCAACAUCUAUGGCUCAUAUCAAUGCUACUGCCACCAUGGCUACUACCUGAAAGAGGAUGGACACACCUGUGAAGAUCUUGAUGAGUGCUCCCAGAGCAUCGGGAACCUUUGUGCCUUUCAGUGUGUGAAUGUUGUUGGCAGCUACCAGUGUACUUGUCCUGCUCAUGGAUAUGUCAUGUCUUCUAAUGGACGCACCUGCAGAGAUAUUGACGAAUGCAAAACUGGCACCCACAACUGUUCACAUGGACAGACCUGCUAUAACCUCCAGGGAGGCUUCAGAUGUCUCUCCUUUGACUGCCCUCCCAACUACAAGAGGGUGUUAGACACACGCUGUGAACGGACCAGCUGUCCCAGCAACUCCUUAGACUGCCAGAACUCCCCUGUACGCAUCACAUACUACCAGCUCAGCUUCCAGACCAACAUCGUCAUUCCGGCCCAGAUCUUCCGAAUCGGACCAUCCCCGGCCUACUCUGGUGAUCAUAUUGUCAUCAGCAUCAUCAAGGGCAAUAAGGAGGGCUACUUCAGCACCCGGAAGCUCAACAGCUUCACGGGCGCCGUCUACUUGCAGAGACAAGUCCAUGAGCCUAAAGACUUCCUGAUAGAUGUGGAAAUGAAGUUGCUGAGGCAGGGGACGUUCACCUCGUUCCUCGCCAGGAUCUAUGUCUUUAUCACAUCCAGCGCUAUGUAACACUAGAGACAAACAAACAGAGAGCAGGACUGGAAUUUUCAUAUGGUGCUAAACUUUUACAUGUGCAGACUUUUUUUGUAUUGCCUCCUCACAAUCAAGUAUUAUUCACGAAUCAUGUAAAUGUUGCAGAAGACCUUACUUUUUGUCUUUGGCAAGUUAUCUGCUAGCUUCUCCAAACUUUUUAUGACAAUCAUAUUUUCUGAGAAACUUAUUUGUAUUUACCAAAAUAUCUUUCAGUUUGACUCUCUUAAUGUAAUUUAGCUUUUGUAGCCAUUUUAGGUUCCAGUUGUUGGUUCGUACAGACAGUGGCACAGGUCACUGCGCGCAUCUGGGUCAGUGCUUCCCUCCACCCUCCCUGUGAAAACGUUAAUUGAGAGUCUGAAGAAACUAAAAGACAUAUGCAGAACUAGAAGUUAAGGGCACUUUGAAACUAUGGAAGACAAAAUACACUAAAAGCCUAGGAGUCAAAAACAUACUGUAACUGAAUACAUCAAUUAGUUAAACAAUUAAAUUGAGUAUAAAAAGAAUAAUAAAGGGUAUAUUUUUGUUUAUUUUCUUAAUCAGUAGGUAUUUUUCUUUUAUUACCAACCAGUUGGUAGAAUAAAUUAAAACUUAAUUUAUCAAAUUUUAAAUUAAUAGAUUUAAAUAAUACUACAUGUAUUUUACUCUUCUAUUUAUUUCACACUAGCUCAUUUGUUUUUAAUACCUUAGUUUGUCCUUUUUUUAUUUUCUGUUUUCUAUUUCCGUCAUAUGAAAAUGAUGUGGGCGUGUCCAUGUAUGUCCAGGCCAAGGAUUAGUAUGAUUCUGUGUCUGUGCUAAAUACAAACAUUUUAUUGGUUCAAAUAAAAUUAAUUAAGUUUUAAUAUAUUCCAAAUUAAAUAUGUAUGUAAAUUCUACAAUAAAUAGUGUAAUUUAUUGAUGUAUUCAGUUAUAUUUUUGAUUUAGAUUAGUCAGUUUUGAGACUCCAUAGUCACCACCCAAUUUUUUUAAGUACUGUGAUCUGAUUGAAUGCUAACAAGUCAUGUAUGGUAAAUUUCAGCACUGAGAUUACUAAUGUAGCGUUGGGUCUCUCCUUUAUUACUGGACAUAUCUUUCUAUGUUAGUGUUUUGUAAUUAUCUCAGGGUGAAAUUUAUGUAGUUUUGUAUACACACACAAGACAAGUUCCUGCUGUGUAGUUUGCAGGAAUGAAUCAGUCUGCUGUUGACACUCGAGACUGGCUUCAUACAGCCUGUACAGUUUCAGCUGACACAUGACAUUUGUAUCUGUAAACUAAUCAAUAAAUGAUGAUCAAACGGU